CAACUACAUUCGACAACUUCCUCCUCCUACUGGUUCUCUUCAGUUUCUACAUAUACGUGUUUCAUAUUAGACCUCAAUUGCAUCCAACAUGGCUGCUCCAAUAAUCCGCAGGGCGCUUCUAUAUGUGCCUGGAUCCUCCAAAAAGAUGCUCGACAAAUCACGAGGACUGAAUGUUGAUACGAUAGCCUAUGACCUUGAAGACUCUGUCACACCAAACAAGAAAGUAGAAGCACGGCAGAACCUCCGACAUCUCCUCCAACAACCGCGAGCAGCUGGUAUACGGGAACAAGCCGUGCGGAUAAACUCAGUAGAAAGUGGUCUGGCGUUGGCAGAUCUACAAGAAGUGCUCCACUCCCCCAACCUCGACGCCCUCGUCCUGCCCAAAUGCAAUUCCGCAUCAGACCUCCACUUCCUGACCGACGUGCUGCGCCAAACCCUCCCAACACGGCAUCCCUCGACUCCUUCCUCAGCCUCCUCAACAGAUCACCCACCCAUCCGCCUGAUCGCCCUCAUCGAGUCCGCGAAAGCCAUCCAGAACCUCCCCUCCAUCUGUGCUGCCUCCCCCUACCUCAGCGGCCUCAUCUUCGCCGCAGAAGACUUCGCGCUCGACCUCAGCAUAACCCGCACACCCUCCCUCCACGAGUUCCUCUACGCGCGCUCCGCCAUCGCCACCGCCGCGCGGGCUGCGAACCUAGCUAGCACGAUCGAUUUGGUGUGUACGGCAUACUCGGGCGUUCAGGGGCUGAAGACACUGGAGGAAGAGUGUCUAAACGGGAAGGGGAUGGGGUUCAAUGGGAAGCAAGCGAUUCAUCCAAGUCAGGUGGAGGUGUGCCAGAGGGUGUUCUCGCCAGGGGAGGCGGAGUUGGAGUGGGCGGUCCGGGUAGUGGUUGCAGACGAAAAGGCGGCUGAGGCUGGACGAGGCGCAUGGACAUUGGAUGGGAAAAUGAUUGAUGCCCCCGUUGUUGGGAAGGCGAAGGCGGUGGUGGGGAGAGCGGAGUCCUGUGGGAUUGACGUUGAGACUGUGAGGGAGAAGUGGAAGGGCCAAGAGCCGGAAUAGGGAUGGGAAGAGACCGGAGGUGGAGAAAGGCAAAAUUAGAGUUGGUAUACACUGGGUAGCACAUGCUGAAUACCUCACAAAAUGGAGUCGGGAGUUUAGGAGGGUGGGGAGGGCCAGGUCAUCACACGGGGAUAUAUGACUAGGCAUGCUAACUUGAUUGAAGGCGAAGAAUUGAGUCCAUAGGUUUACGAUCAAACCCCCCAUAGCAGCUUGCCCUUUGAAUCAGCUCCAAGUCCGAGUUCAGAUCGCGGUCUUUGCCACUCAUAUGUGAGCACGUGAGCAACUUUCAACCAUUUGUUUUUCCUACAAUAUUCGAUAAUC